UAGCGCACAUAGUGACGCCUUCCCGAGUCUAUUAUAGCGCUGGGAGCUCGAGCCCCUCAGUUAGUCGUUAGUCAGUCGCGGAGGUGGAAGUGUUAGAGAAAAGAGAAACUUGGAAAAUAAGUUACCAAUCGGGAAUACCAAAAUGAUGAAAACUUCAGUGGACAAGCGUCGUGUUUGCGUAAUAGGAGCUGGAACAGCGGGGUUGUGCGCCCUAAAGAACUCCCUGGAAGCGGGUCUGGAUGCGGUGGCUUACGAGCGCGGCGCCGAAAUCGGAGGAACGUGGAUUUUCUCCGAGGAAAUGCCCAAGGACGAGUUCGACGAGGUACACAGCAGCAUGUACGAGGGCCUGCGCACCAAUCUUCCAAAGGAGGUCAUGGGCUAUCCGGACUACUCCUACCCCGACGAUAUCGCCGAGUCCUUCAUUACCUCCAACCAAGUGCUUGAAUUUCUGCGCUCCUACGCGGAACACUUCAAGUUAAAGCCCCACAUCAAGCUCCAGCACGAGGUGAUAAGAGUGCGUCCUCGCUUGGACGACUGGGAGGUCUACGUAUGGGAUCACAGCACGGAUACUUGUGACCCAGUAUACUAUGACUUCGUGUAUGUCUGUAAUGGGCACUACACGGAACCAGACAUCCCGGAUGUCGAGGGAUUAGAUCUGUUCGAGGGCAAGAAGAUGCACAGCCAUCUCUACCGCAAGGCAGAUAAGUUUAAAGACGAGUGUGUUCUGAUCAUUGGCGCCGGUCCCAGUGGCAUGGACAUUACCAACCACGUUCGCGUGGCUGCCAAGCAGGUGUUCCUAAGCCACCACCUUUCCACCACCCCUAACACAGCAUUCAUGGGCAACGUAACACAGAAGCCGGACGUGCAGCGCUUCAUCAAGGAUGGAGCCGUCUUCACAGACGGCAGCACGGAGAGCUUUGACCACGUUAUGUUCUGCACCGGCUACAAGUACACAUUCCCCUGCCUCAGCACCGACGUGGGUGUCCAGGUGAUAGACAACUUCGUGCAACCAUUGUGGAAACACUGCAUCAACAUCAACCACCCGACCAUGGCCUUUGUGGGCCUGCCCUUCAACGUGAUUCCCACCCACAUCUUCGACAUGCAGGUGCGCUUUACACUGAAGUUCUUCACAGGCCAGCGGAAGUUCCCAUCGAGGGAGCAGAUGAUCGUCGACCUGGAGCAGGAGAUCGGGGAGCGGUGGGGAUGCGGCGUGCGCAACCAAAAGAAAGCACAUCAAAUGGGAGAGCGACAGUUUGUCUACUACAAUGAACUGGCCAGAAUAGCGGGUAUCGAGAACAUCAAGCCAGUUAUCCACAAGCUGAUGAAGGAUUGCGGCAAGAAGUACAUUUUUGAAUUGGACACAUACAGGAGCAACAAGUAUACGAUUGUGGACGAUGAAAACUUUUUGAAGAACGGAGAAGCUUCUGUUUGAGGAACUGAUUUCAUCCCAUUCUUAUACCUUAUGUUAAGCGAUAAAGAGUGUUUCACUAUAAUACACAAAGAUUUAACGGACUCUUUGAUAGCGGUGUAAGGGAUUGGAACUCAGUCGUGUUAAUGAAUAUUUUAUUAGAACAAUGUAAACAACACUAAGUCUUAAAAGAUUAAACGUUUGUUAACGAGGAUUAUAUCUGAUAUGAAAAUAUAGAUAUAAUCCUCGGUAACAAUCGUUUAAUAGCUCUUUAGUUUUAAGGCUCGUUCACAUUAAAGCAGUCAAAUUAAACCCUUA